AUGAAUGAGUGGGAUUCGGAUAAUGUGGUUGUUUGCGGUACAAGUGAUGGAGUAGUGAAGAUUUAUUCUUGUGUUAUGGUAGAAAACGAUGGAUCUGUGGAGGAGCCACAUAUGGAACCACAAAUAAAGCAAGGAACGUCAUCGUCGGCAAGCGUUCACGCUCGACUGGACCGUGUUCGAAGAAGACUGAAAGUAGGCGGCAGUCAAGAUACUAGUGAAGCUCACAGUCCAGAACCUCCUGCUAGUCCGAUUCUGCCAGGAAUGCCAUCAAAAGGCGUUGACCAUUUGACUUGCCCUAAAUAUGUGAGAGUUCUUAUCCAACGAGCAGCUUUGACAGUACAUACGGCAUUCAAUAGACCUGAUAACACACAUCCAGCUCCAAUCACAUAUCAUAAAUCGUUUCUGGUUGGAGAUGGAGUAGGUCGGGUGUGGUGCUGGCAAGCGGGUGAAGAUGGCGGUAGAGCCGAUCACUGGGUACAGGUUGGUUUUGCAUUGAUUUUCGAACAGUUGAAAUGCAUGGAACUGAUUUGCUAUGAUUUUUUUGAUCCACGAUCCUAA